AUGGCUCUGAGGAACAUGCCAUGCCUGAGGAACAUGACAUUUGAAGGGCAGGUGGAUUGGACCACAGGUACCAGAGGCAGGACGAUGAAGGCUGGUGUGGGACUCUUCUCUGCGCUGGCUCUGUUCCUCCUAAUAGGAGCAGUGGUCACUCAGAGACCUCGCCCAAAGAAGCCCACUAGGCGCCCAGCUACCACCAGGAGGCCUUCUGUCCUGCUACCUGCAGUACCAGAACCCAGAGAACCCACAGACUUCCCCCCAGUCAUCCUGGGCCCACCCUCCGUCUACCCUGACUGCCCCAGAGAGUGUUCAUGCUCCCCGAGCUAUCCCAAUUCACUUAACUGUGAGAACCGCAACAUCCGUGUGAUUCCUGUCAUCCCAUUAAGAACUCAUUACCUGUAUCUGCAAAACAACUACAUCUCAGAGGUAACUGCAGAGCCAUUCAAGAAUGCUACUGAAGUCCGCUGGAUCAAUCUUGCGAACAACCGCAUUCACAGAAUAGACAAACAGGUUUUUGAGAAGAUUCCAGCACUGCUAUAUCUCUAUGCAAACCGAAACCAGCUAAAGGAAGUCCCGUCAGGCCUACCAGCAAGCCUGGAACAGCUUCGUCUUGACAGGAAUUUAAUUUCUAAGAUUCCUGCGGGUGCCCUCAGCAAGUUGGAGAACUUGACUCUACUUGACCUGCACAAAAACCAGGUGAACCUCACUGGUAUCAAUGGCACCCAGAUCUGCCCAUUCAGUCUAGAAGCUGACCAGAGUGACAACAGCCUUGUGCCAAGACUAAGGUAUCUGCGUUUGGAUGGAAAUCACUUAACCCCACCAAUCCCUAUGGAUGUCAUCAUGUGCUUUAGACACCUCCAUUCAAUUGUAAUUUAG